UCCUCGUGUGUCAAAGCAUGUGCGUUGUGUUUGUGUAGUGUGCACUGUGCACUGUGCUGUGCGUAUCAUUAUUUGCUUCAAUAUAGUGUACAACGGCUGUGUACACGAUUUGUGCAACUGUGAAGUCUUAUAAUUUUUUAUUAAUUUAAAAAUCUGUACUACACAUACAUUAAAUAACUUUUAUAAAACAGUCACAGAAAAUAAAGUGACUACUGCGGUGUCUUCAUGGACGAUCCGAUGGAAUUGCGACUGUGAUAGGCUUAAAGCCAACUAUUUUAAAAUUAUCAAUUAAAGAGCAGACCGGUUUAAUUAUCUGUUAGAUACUUAGUUUUGUGUUAAACUUUACUAUGGAAGUCCCAGAUUCUAAGUAUUCGCCAGUGGACACACGCGGCGACGAACACACUGCCACAACUAAUACAAAUAAAACUAGUAACUCUGCUGAUGAAGCUGGGAAUAAAAUGAAGAAAUUUCUCACCACUGUGCCUACUACUAAAGUACCUAAGUCUAAAUCACCAACAAAUAAUUGUAACAUACCACUUAUCAUAGGAUUCUUAUUAAGUUUGAUUCUUACUAUUUAUAUGUGCUUCACUGAUCUAUUCAAUAGUGAAAUUUAUAAGAGACUGACUAUAGCAAAUGGUAGUUUACUUUAUGAAUCGUGGAAAGAACCACCAGUGAAACCUUUACUAUGUAUACACAUAUUUAAUUACACAAAUGUCAAUGAAUUUAUGAAUGGUGAAGAACCAAAACUUAAAGUUGAACAAUUGGGACCUUAUUGUUAUAGAGAAACUCUUUAUAGAGUUAACAUUACUGACCAUAAAAAUGGUACUCAAACUUUUAAUGAAAUGAAAGUUCAAGAAUUUGAUUAUUCUUCAUCUAAUGGGUCAGAUUCAGAUGUAAUAACAGUACCAGAUAUUCCUUAUAUUAGUGCAAUAGCUUUGACCAAAGAUGAAAACUUUUUCAUUCGAAGGACUAUGUCAUCUAUUUUAAAUCAAGUAUCUGAAAAUCCAUUUGUUACUGUGACAGUCUAUGAUUUCUGUUUUGGGUAUCAAGAUAAUGUAGUUAGAGCAUUAACUACCUUAUCUAAAUUAGCUAAUAAACCUCCACCUUUUGAAAAAUUUGGUUUAUUAACUAAGAGAGUGGGCGUAAAUCCAGAUCGAUUAACAGUUCAAAAUGGUCAUAAAGAUUUAAAUCAAAUGGGUCAAAUUGUUUUACUAAAUGGUAAAAGUAUGUUGCACCCAUGGAAAUCAGAUGAAUGUAAUGUAGUUGGUGGAAGUGAUGGCAUGUUGUUUCCUAGAGAUAAAGUGCAACAUGAACAGACUGUUCAUUUAUUUCACAAAGAUUCUUGCAGAAAAUUACCUCUUACUUUUCAUUCUAAGGAAAAAAUAAAAAGUGGAAUAAUUGGUCAUGUUUAUACUUUAUCACCUAAUGCUUUUAAUAAUUCUAUUCCUGAAAACACUUGCUACUGUACACGUACACCAUGUAUGCCUGAUGGGAUUUUUGACAUGGGUCCUUGCUCAACUAAUUCUCCUGUAGUUAUUUCAUUUGCUCAUUUUCUCCAUGGAGAUCCAACAUUAUUAGAUGCUGUAGAAGGUCUUGAUCCUGAUCCCAAAAAACAUGAAUUUUUGUGGUUAAUUGAUCCUAUUCUUGGAAUAACUAUGGAAACUCAGAUGAGAAUACAACUUAAUAUACAAGUUCGUAAUCCAAAUGGUUAUGGAUCUUUGUCUAAAAUACCUGACAAUACUAUAUUGCCAUUUACUUGGUUGGAAAUAAGAACUGGAGAAAUAUCAACUAAAUUAAAUUCGGCAUUGUUCCAUUUGAGUUUUACCAUUCAGUGGAUUCAAAUGUUCCUUAUGUGCUUAGGCUUAGUUGGGUUAUUAGGCACAUCAUUUUGUUUUAUGCGUAUUUUUUCCAGACGUUUCAAUCCAAAAAUGGUAAUAAUUACAAAUGAAAAUUUGCCUAUGAGUGCGCCAUGUGAAAAAAUUCCUAUUGUUUAAUAAUUGAUUUUAUUAAACUAGUUAUAAUUUACAUUUUAAGUGUGAAAAUGUAAUUUUUUUUUAACUUUGAAUAUUUAUUUUAUAUGUAAAUAAACAAAAAAUGUUCUGAUUAUCAUUUUAAAAGUGAUAACUUUGAUCAAUGCUAUUUCACUUAUGCCAUGCUAGUUAAUAUAAUUUUUUAACUUUUAAAUAAUACAUAAGCCAUUUAAUUAAAGUUCAUGU